GAUCAUGAUUGAAGUGGUUAUCAUGUAACCACUAGAUCAUGAUAACAAUCUAGAUAGAUAACUAUAAAUCAAAUCUCAACAGAUACGAGCUUAUCGGUAUCUGUCGCGUGAUUAAGCAAAAUUCUAAUCGCUUUAUUCCGCAUAAAAUAGCCAUUUUUAUGGGUUCCCGUGCUUCUAUCAUCUUGAUGCUUAGUUCUCUCCGACUCCAACAAGCGAUUCCUGUACGAUGUCGGAGUUUACGACAAAGACGAUGAGGAAGAUGAAGAGGGGAUGGGGGACUUCAUUGGGGAGAUCGCGCAAAUGAUGAGCCAGUCCAAACCCAGCGGGAGCGGCCACGAGAGCUUGGAGGAGCUGCAUCGGCAGUUCGUGGAGAUGUUCCUCGACGAACUGGACGCCGGAGAUCGCUUCUCCUCGGCCAGCCAAGGCGCGUCGUCCUGCGACGGCAGGGACGACGGCGGCGGUAACAAGCGUGGCAACUGGGCGGUGGACUGGGGCCAGGAGAAGCUGAACGAGUUGGGCCCGGGCACCGGCGGGUUCUGCUUCGGGGUGAGUCGCCGAGUCCACUCCUUUGAUCUUAUGAUAGACGCAGUCCACCUCAUCCAUUCUGAUCUGACUCUGGAAUAGCACAUUGCUGAUAUGACCUGCCAAAGUCGCCCAGCUGAUGUGGCGAAUUUUGGGUGGAUGGCCCUCCCCUUGCCUCACCAAUCACAGUAGAAGAAAUUUAUCAGUAUUUGUCACUGUACGGACUUCCUCGUGAAAUUUCUUGAUCUUUAAUUGGCCAGACGGAUGAGUCUCACUUGGGAGGACCACUGGUGAGUAGAAUUAUCAUCCUGAUGUGGAUUUGUCAUAUUGAACUUGUCAUGCAAGGAUUGGCAAAUCUUAAGAUUAGAACAAUCUUAUUAUUA